AUGGCACAACGUGCACAUCUUGUUCUGCAGAACUUGCAAGAAUUUGACAUUCCAUACCUCCGCGCACUGCUCGAAAAUGACCAAGCAAGUAUUUUUCAAUUCGAGGAACAUGCACGUGCCCAUGGUUAUGCAUACUGGCACCGGAAGAGUGAUGGGGUGCUUCGUCAAGGUGUUCUUCGAAAAUGGAACCACAAGUGCACCACAACAUAUGAUAUCUAUGUCCCAAAUGACCUUUUUGACUGUCCGCAAGUUCUCAUUGUCUCAAGAAACCCCCAUUCUCAUGCACCCCCACUCCCUGUCAAAACACCCCCUGCGAUAGUCAAGUGUUUCAGUUCACUUCUCUUGCGACUAGAAUGGAAACUGGCUGAUGCAACUCCUCGUCGGCUGGUUCUCGACUCUGGAUUUAUGCAAGAACUGCGCUGUGUUCUAGGAUGGAGUCCUACAGCAGAUUUUGAUCCACAUCUGGAAGACUUGCAUCCAUCUCUCGGAAAUCUCGAUCAUGUACGACGGCUGAUAAAUGUUAUGCGCAUGGACCAUUUCCCUAAUGAGACUGGAUUUGAUGGUGCCAAGUUACUUGCUGACAAGCAAAAAAUGCUUCCACUCAAACAACAAUAUAUUCGUUGUGUGGAGACACAUGAUAUACCUAAUGUAGACUCAGGCCUUCGUCUGGUCAUUUGUAUGACAAGUCGCAUGUCACAACACCUCCUUUCUUCGAAGUGCUUGUCUAUAGAUACAUCAUUCAAGCGUGUCCAAGGAUGGCAAGAGUUUGAGAUUGAAUCCUGGGAUGAUGAUCAUAUGCGGUCUGUAGUCUCAGCUCGUGCUAUGACCAACUCGCAAACAGCUGAGGCUCAUUUGAUUCUUUUUUGGCGAAUUUUUGAGAUUGCAACACAAGAUACUGGCAUCCCAGUGGCCUUCUAUCACAUUCAUGGCUUCAGUAUUGAAUCCAUCAUUGCUGAUGGUCACCGAGGGCAAGCAAAAGCACUUCGCAGUCAAGUUUCGAAAAACAUCUAUGAUGCAAUGUUAAGCCUUGCAUCUGCAGAAGCCCAUCCCAAUAUUCGAACAACACUAUCUAUUAUUCCAUGGCUCAAAGACAAGGAGUCUUCGAAGUUUGCAUUGCCCGCAAUCUACCGCCCAAUGAGUUUCAUACCAAUUGCAAUAUGGAAAGCAUUACCAACGACUACAAAUGGGAAUGAGCAAGCCCAUCGUAACAUCAAUCGAGACGGAAUCAAUUUAACAUUGCUUGCAGGAAUCAUGCGUGGAUAUGAGUAUGAUGUCCGUGCCACAUCUAGCAUUGAUCUCCAUAUCAUCCACGGAAUUAACACUCGCGACAAUGAAUCAACACAUCUACACCGGGCAAAGCGUGCUGUGAUUUUACAUGUUCGAUCACAGAAACAACGAAUAAAAUUAUAUUCCCAGUCAACAGAUCCACCUCAUAGUCCAGCAAACAAUAACCUCCAGUUACCCUUCGUUUUGCCCCUACCCCCCUUCGAGGUCAACCAAGAUCACUUCAUGCAGAGAUCCAACACUGAAAAUGAAAGUAUACCACUGUCAAUGUACAACACACUGACACACGCAUUGACACUGGGUGCUGGUAUCAUUGACUAUUGCAUCUCGACAAAUCAAAGAACGAGAAAACAAGAACCUGCAAGGCAGACAUGGGCAUGUAUUAGCACAUACAGCAGCCUAAGCGGGGCAUUGGGGAAUUAA